AUGAGGGGGCCGGCGGGCACUGGCAGGGAGAGGGUCUUUGGCCCCAAAGGGGCGGGCUGGGGAGCAAAUGAAAAGCUGGGCUAUAAACCCGGCGGUUACCGAGGGACCAACGUCCGGGCCCUUUGGAGGGCCCGCCGGGGACAUCUCAAUGGCUUCGGGUCCUUGCAGGGGGCGGGGUUUGUUUUGGAGAAUGGCGCCAGAGUGGUUAUCUGCGACAAAGAUGAGUCCAGCGGCCGGGCUCUGGAAAAGGAGCUGGGGGGGGUCCGGCCGCCUGCAGAGGCCGUUUUCAUGCAGUGCGAUGUGACGAGAGAAGCUGACGUGCAGGCCCUGAUCUUUGGGACCCUGGCACGGUUUGGCCGCCUGGACUGCGUGGUGAACAACGCCGGACACCACCCCCCGGAGGAGCUUCUGGAAGAGACGUCGUCCCGGGCUUUCCGGGAGCUGCUGGAACUGAACCUGCUGGCCGUGUACACGGUGUCCAAGCUGGCCCUUCCUUUCCUUCGCCAGAGCCAGGGCAGCAUCAUUAACAUCUCCAGCCUGGUGGGGGCCAUCGGGCAGCGGAAGGCUGUGCCCUAUGUGGCCACCAAGGGUGCAGUGACUGCCCUGACCAAGGCCCUAGCUCUGGAUGAGAGUCAACACAGGGUCCGGGUCAACUGCAUCUCCCCGGGAAACAUCUGGACGCCACUGUGGAAGGAGCUGGCCGCCCUGACCCCCGACCCCUCGGCCGCAGUGAGGGAGGGGGAGCGGGCGCAGCCCCUGGGACGGAUGGGCAGGCCCGACGAAGUGGGGGCGGCGGCCGUGUUCCUGGCCUUCCACGCCUCCUUCUGCACCGGUGUGGACCUGCCCCUGAGCGGGGGCGCCGAGCUGGGCUACGGGUGCAAGAUGCCCGCCACGUGACAAGAUGAGCUCCGCCCCCAGCACCUGCGGCACUCCCGGGUCGCCCCGCGCCGCCCGGUGCCUCCGGCAGGAAGAGGGGCCGGCGCUCCCUUUGCAACCGCAGCCCCGCCCCUGCCCCAGCGCCCUGGCCUUGCUCCCGGCCCUUCAGUCUCACACACUGGAAACGACAUUUCUCUCUCGCUUUUAUUUCCUGCCCCCACCCCCUCCAGAGCCCGGACUGCGUGUCCCACAGAGCCCGCCGCUGACCUCGGCGCUGUGGGGCGCCUGGGGACCCCGGGGGCUCAUGGGGAAUGUAGUUUCGGGGGCGGGGUGGGCGCGGCCCUCCCCGCGGAGGGUCCAGAGCCGGGCGGAGUCCCCAGUCCGCCUCCCUCCGCUCCCCCACCGUGAGACCGGAGGCCGGCCCGGAGCGAGCUCCCGGCUAACGGGCCCCUCAGUGGCGUCCCCGGGGAGAAGGAAUUAACUGCCAAUUAGGCAAGAUUAAAAAGGGGGAGGAUCCUCCCUGAGCUCGGAGA